AGAAACAAGACUUCAUUCACGAUUUAAGAAGACCAGCGUUAAGAGUAUCACCCCCACCCCAAACACACACACGCACACUCGUACACACACACACACACACAUACACUGGAACCACUCGUGCACGAAGCGACAGCCUGAGGCAUCGAGGUGACCACAGUGGAAUAGGGACCAUGCACGGUGGUGGGAUAAGAGUGGAUACUCGUGUGCUGGCUAACCUUCACCUUUUGGGAUAAAGCUGGGGAAAUUUCAACGCGCUCCCUCGUUGUUUUGUUUUGCGCUUUUGCAGCGGACACGCGCACAGAGGCGAGGACCAGAGGAGCUCGCGCGCUGAGGAAUAUACGUCUUGUGGUUCACCUUCUCUCUGCCUUUUUUACAUUAUUGCAACCUGCCACGCUUUUGGAGUAGGAGCUCGUAGGGAAUAGGCUACUGAAGCCGCGGGUGAAGCAGCUGCCUCACCGGGAGCACUGAGCAGCAGCAUGGCAGCUCGGCUCACCUUCCUCCUCGCAAUGCUCUCCUCGCUCAUAACGCAGAUGUUUGGAUCCGGCGUUUUCGAACUGGACCUUCACGAGUUCAAAAAUUUCAAGGGUCUGCUGGCCAACGGCGAGCCGUGCAGGCCUGAAUGCAGGACUUUCUUUCGAGUUUGCCUCAAAAACUACCAGGCGGUCGUGUCUCCGGGAGACUGCAUCUUCGGCAGCACCGUCACCCCAGUGUUGGGCACCAACUCCUUCAGGGUGGGGGGUGAACCUCUGAGCACGCCAAUUCGACUGCCCUUCAGCUUUGGAUGGCCGGGAUCAUUUUCCUUGAUUAUUGAGGCCUGGUAUUCACCUGUAGACUCAAACAACCCCGACUUAAUGAUUAGCUCUUUUGCCGUCCAAAGGCAGUUGGAAGUAGGGGCUGAGUGGUCUCAGGAUGUUCAAAGCGGGCAGCAGACGGAGCUAAGGUAUUCUUACCGGUUCAUCUGCAAUGAAAAUUACUACGGCGACAGUUGUUCCAAAAUAUGCACGCCCAGGGACGACCGUUUUGGCCACUACACCUGCAAUCCAGAUGGGCAGUUGUCCUGUCUCCCUGGCUGGAAGGGGGAAUACUGCGAAGAACCUAUCUGCCUCAAAGGGUGCAGCGAGGCCAAUGGCAAUUGCUCGAAGCCAGGAGAGUGUGUCUGCAGAGAGGGCUGGCAGGGCACCUUCUGUACAGAGUGCAAGAAACAUCCUGUGUGUAAACAUGGCACUUGCCAACAGCCUUGGCAGUGCAACUGCAAAGAAGGCUGGGGUGGACUCUUCUGUGACCAAGAUCUGAACUUCUGCACCCACCACAAGCCGUGUAAGAAUGGAGCCACGUGCAUGAACACAGGCCAGGGCAGCUAUACGUGCACAUGCAUGCCAGGCUACACUGGGGUCAACUGUGAGAUGGAGGUGCGGCAGUGUGACAGCAAACCCUGCAGGAACAGAGGCCACUGUGUGGAACUGGAUAACAGCUAUAAAUGCAACUGCACACCUGGCUUUGAGGGCACUCACUGUGAACACAGCCUUCUCACCUGUGCAGACGUGCCAUGCUUUCAUGGUGGCAAGUGUCACGAGAAGGACAAUGGGAGAAGCUAUUCGUGCGACUGCCCUAGAGGCUACACUGGUCUGAAUUGUGAGAAGAGGCUGGACAAAUGCACGACCCUGCCAUGUGCCAAUGGUGGUGCGUGUGUGGUUCUGGGAGGUGUCAGCAUGUGCAGGUGCCACACCGGCUUCACGGGCCAGCGCUGCGAGAUCAACAUCAAUGAGUGCACGUCCAACCCCUGUGCCAAUGGGGGCACCUGCCACGACCGAAUCAGCGACUAUGUCUGCUCCUGCCCCCCAGGGUACGGAGGCCGCAACUGCAACCAGCUGACAGGUGGCUGCCCCGCUCAGUUCUGCCUCAACGGGGGUUCGUGCGCUACCGUCCCGGGCGGCUCCCCAGCCUGCUUCUGCCCCAGCAGCUUUACAGGACCCCACUGCGAAUACUUCGCCGUCACUCCAACUGUCGAAACCGAAGGCUUUCAGUGGGCCGCUGUAUCCCUGGCUGUGGGGCUUGUGGCCCUGCUGGUCCUCCUCUGCAUGGUGGCCAUUGCACUCCGCCACAUCCACAGACAGGCCAAUGAUGAGAGGACUCACGCAGAUGCUAUGAACAACCUGUCUGAUACGCAGCGGGACAACUUGAUACCAACAUCCCAGCUUAAGAAUACCAAUAAAAAGGUGGGACUGGAGGUGGACUGUGGGCCAGAGAAGUCUAAUUACAUACACAAGAACUACCACUUGGACUACAACUCAAAAGACUUCAAAGAGACCCCUUUGCAAGAGGAUAAAAGUCACAAUUACGAAAAGUGUUUAGAAGACAAAAUACCACUGAGUAGAAUGUACAGUGAAAAGCCAGAGUGUAGGAUAUCAACGAUAUGUUCCCCAAGAGACUCCAUGUACCAGUCUGUGUUUGUAAUAGCGGAGGAGAGGAGUGAAUGCGUCAUAGCAACUGAGGUAUAAACGACAGGAGGAUGCAUAUGAAGAGAGGGGGAGAACACAAUCAAAGCAGAAUUUUCUGGAUUGUUUACAAAAAAACUGAGAGACUGGAGAUGAUGUCCACUGCUGCUCUGAGAAACUUGAGGAACUGGAGAGCGAAACUCUGCUCGCUGAAUGCAAUAGAUUAGUUGCUGACGAAGGAGUGUUUGUGUACAAACGUGUACAGUCCUGGACGUUGUGUUUUUUUCUACCCCUUCUGCUACGGUAUGGUUUUUUUUCCCUCACAAAUUGUAAGGAAAAAAAGGACUUACACUGCAAGAGGAAAAAAACGUCUUCGGCAGAGAUAAGUGGUCCCCCUCCCACCCCCCACCCUCACAUAGAGUGAGUGUUUUUCUCUCUAUCUUUCUCUCUCUCUUUUUUACUCUUUCUAUCUCUCUGUCUCUCUCUGUCUCUCACUCUCUUGUGGUAAUCACGGACACAUCAUCUGCCAACUAAUCACUAAGAAGGUGCCAGGGACUUCCAAACCUUCAGCCAGCAUUGCCAGCUAUGCAAGAAUGGAGAGGGGGGAACCAAUCAGAGCCCAAUCCCACCCAUCCCAAUCACGAGAAGAAAUAUGAAUGUCGGAGAAAAAAGAUGUACAAAUGUCAAUCAUAUCAAAAAUGACUGUUGUUCUCCGUGCUAAGAUUGUAUGCAGCCCAUAUUCACAAAAAAAGCCUUAAAAGAAAUGGAUGCUAAUUUUGUGCCCCAAGUCUUCUUGGAUUGCCAGAAACAAAGGAAAAAUUCCUUCUUAAUCAACAGGGAUUUUGACAACAGCAGUCAAAGCAGGAUUGCAAUACAUCGAGAUGCACCAGCGGGAUCCAAGAGGAAGUGUAAUUUACGUCUUUUAUGCAACGCUGCCCACUGAGUACAAAAGACCUGAAAAGGUUGAAAACCUUAAAAAGUGACUGCACACCACUGACUGCCUAUAAUUAGUUUUUAAGACCAAUAAUGUAAUUUUUAAAAAAAUGAUUAUUUCCAGAGUUAAUUUAAUUAUGACACACUGCUCUUUAUAUGUUUUAUACUAUUAUUUUGUAUAUAAUGCAUAUUUAUAAGAACCAAACAUCUGAAGAAUAAAAAUGCUAAUUCCUUCCAUA